AGAAAAGAACCUAUCAAAAAUCACUCUUCAUCUUCCAUUAUUUCCUUUCUACAAAAGCAAAGUAUAGUCCCAAAAAAAUCAAACACUUAAAGAAACACCCCUUUUCUUCCUUUUUUUUGGGGGAUUUUUUUCUUUUUUGAUCAAGAAUGAGAAAUAUAGCAAGUUGUUACAAUGAGCAUGCUAUAAAAGUAACAAAUUCAUAUUGUUCAAAUCCAUCAAAUCAAGUAGUAUAUAACAUUCCUUCACUACAAAAUGUUGUUACAUGUAUUUACAAAGUGAAAAUUUCAUCAAUAGAGAAGCAAUUCUUGAUUAAAAUUACAUGGUGUUGCUUAUUACAACAUGUAUUUUCAAUCAGUAUAAGUGAAAAAUACACAAAAAAUUUCAAGAAAGUAGUUACAAUAUUAGACAAGUCAAAAGGUUCACAAACAAUUGAAUUGUAUUCUUCAAGAUUCGACAUUUAUUGGGAUCUUUCUAACGCGAAGUAUGAAGGAGGUCCUGAACCGAUCAACGGGUUCUUUGUGAAGAUAUUAGUAAAUUGUGAGGUGGGGUUGAUUCUUGGUGACAUGGGGCAUGAGUUUGAGUUAAAAAAAUUGAAUCUUGAUGAUAAAUUUUCAAGAUUUGGAUUGGUAUCAAGAAAUGAACAUUUUUCAAGUAGUUCUGUUUUGGUUACUAAGGGUAAGUUUAGUGAAAAUGGAAAAUGUCAUGACAUUUUGAUCAAGAAUUCAUCUUCAAUGUUGUUUGUAUCGAUUGAUAAGAAGAGUGUGAUACAAGUGAAGAGAUUACAAUGGAAUUUUCGCGGAAAUCAAACGAUAUUUUUAGAUGGAUUGGUUGUGGAUUUUAUGUGGGAUGUUCAUGAUUGGUUGUGUAAUCCAAAAUCUGGAUGUGCAAUGUUUAUGUUUAGGACAAGAAGUGGAUUGGAUAGUAGGUUGUGGUUUGAUCAAGAGAAGAAUUUGGAGCAAAAUGAAGAAGAAGAAGAAGAAAAAGAUGGAUUUUCUUUGAUGAUUUGUGCUACUAAGAGUCCUGAUUAAUUCACAAAAAGAAGGGGAAAAAACUAAUCUUUAAUUAUUAAGUUUCAUUUUUUAGUUCUUUGUUUGUUUAUCUUCUUGAUCUUCUUCUUCCUUUUUGUUGAAGAAGAUAGGAAUGGUUUAUGUUGCUCACUUGCUCAGACUUUUCAAAAAUAUC